AGGCGCGGGCGCCGCCGCAGCUGCUCCGGCUGCGGCCCCGCGCUCGCCGGCCCCGCUUCCGCACGCGUCCUUGCAAUUCUCUUCUUCCUCCCCCCGCUUUCGUUGACCCCCCUCUCUUUCCUGCUGUCGCCUCGGUGCUCCCCCAGCGGAGCGGAGAUUACAGAGCGGUCGCGAUGCCCCAACUCUCCGGGGCCGGCGGCGGCGGCGGGGGGGACCCGGAACUCUGCGCCACGGACGAGAUGAUCCCCUUCAAGGACGAGGGCGAUCCCCAGAAAGAGAAGAUCUUCGCCGAGAUCAGUCACCCCGAAGAGGAAGGCGACUUAGCUGACAUCAAGUCCUCCUUGGUGAACGAGUCCGAAAUCAUCCCGGCCAGCAACGGACACGAGGUGGCCAGACAAGCACAGACCUCUCAGGAGUCCUACCACGACAAGGCCAGAGAGCACCCUGCUGACGGGAAGCAUCCAGAUGGAGGCCUCUACAACAAGGGACCCUCCUACUCGAGCUAUUCCGGCUACAUAAUGAUGCCCAACAUGAACAGUGACCCGUACAUGUCAAACGGAUCUCUGUCUCCACCCAUCCCGAGAACAUCCAAUAAAGUGCCCGUGGUGCAGCCGUCCCAUGCGGUCCAUCCUCUCACCCCCCUCAUCACUUACAGCGACGAGCACUUUUCUCCAGGAUCCCACCCGUCACACAUCCCAUCAGAUGUCAACUCCAAACAAGGCAUGUCCAGACAUCCUCCGGCUCCUGAGAUCCCCACCUUCUAUCCCCUGUCUCCGGGGGGUGUCGGGCAGAUUACCCCACCUCUUGGCUGGCAAGGUCAGCCUGUCUAUCCCAUCACGGGAGGAUUCAGGCAGCCCUACCCAUCCUCACUGUCAGUCGACACUUCCAUGUCCAGGUUUUCCCAUCAUAUGAUUCCUGGUCCUCCUGGUCCCCACACAACUGGCAUCCCUCAUCCAGCCAUUGUAACGCCUCAGGUCAAACAGGAGCAUCCCCACACUGACAGUGACCUAAUGCACGUGAAGCCUCAGCAUGAACAGAGAAAGGAGCAGGAGCCAAAAAGACCUCACAUUAAGAAGCCUCUGAAUGCUUUUAUGUUAUACAUGAAAGAAAUGAGAGCCAAUGUCGUCGCAGAGUGUACUCUAAAAGAAAGUGCAGCUAUCAACCAGAUUCUAGGUAGAAGGUGGCACGCCCUCUCCCGUGAAGAGCAGGCUAAAUAUUAUGAAUUAGCGCGGAAGGAGAGACAGCUACAUAUGCAGCUUUAUCCGGGCUGGUCUGCGAGAGACAAUUAUGGUAAGAAAAAGAAGAGGAAGAGAGAGAAACUUCAGGAAUCCACGUCAGGUACAGGUCCCAGAAUGACAGCUGCCUACAUCUGAAACAUGGUGGAAAACGAAGCUCAUUCCCAACGUGCAAAGCCAAGGCAGCGACCCCAGGACCUCUUCUGGAGAUGGAAGCUUGUUGAAAACCCAGACUGUGUCCAGGGCUUGCCCAGCCGACCCCAGAGGAGAACUGACACCAACUUCACCCUGAGGUCACUGCUCGAGACUCUGAUCCAUAAAGACAAUCACUGCCAACCCCCUUUCAUCGACUGCAAGAGCCAAGUUCCAAAAUACAGCAUAAAAGGUUUCUCAGAAGAAAGGUAUAAAGCACACGAGAAUGCCGGCAGGCCCUGGGCCGGCUGAGCAGCUCCCCCCUCAUCUCCGGGCAUUUCCCAGAGCAUCUUGCAUCCGUACCUGAACCCUUUGGCAAGGACAGUAGCUUGGCUCCCUUCGCCUGCCGCAAGCAGCUGGAGCCGGCAGCCAGCACACCCCCCGGUGUCCCGGCGGGGGAAUGGGUGCAGGAGUCCCUCCUUGUUCCUUUCUUCGUUUUCCUUUCUCCUCUGGCUUCUCUUUAACAGUGCAAAAGGAUCAACCUUAUGUUUGCUUCUCUUUUUUUUUAAACUUGAAUUUUUUUUUAAUUUACACUUUUUAGUUUUAACUUUCUUUGUUGUAUAUUUUGCUAGCUAUGAGCUUUUAAGUAAAAUUCAAAGAUCUGGAAAAGUUUGAAAUAAAAACAAAAUGAAAAGGAGUCUUUUCUUGAGCAACAUCUUCUCCGAUGAGUGGCUUCUCUGUGAUCAGCUGUAACAGGCAGUGGCCUCUCCUGUCAGUCAGCUGUCCGGUAGAGCCACGUCACUGCAGCAGCCACGUCCACUGUGCUGGGAGCAGGCGGCAGUCCUGUUUCGUUUUAUUUUCUUCCGAUCUCUUCUUUUUUUAAACAGUAAGCCUUCCCAGAUACUCUCAGCAGACCCAUUUGCAGUGAAUUUUCAUUUCCUUCCUUCUUACCCCUUGUAAAAAGCCCAGCACUUGAAUUGUUCUUACUUUAAAUGUUCUGUAUUUGUAUCUGUUUUUAUUAGCCAAUUAGUGGGAUUCUAUGCCAGUUGUUAAAAUAAGCAAUGAUGUACCCAUUUUUUUUAAAUAGCAAGGCACAGCCUUCACCCACAACUGUCAUCUAACGUUUGUCAUUCCAGUUUGAGUUAAUGUGCUGAGCAUUUUUUAAAAGACGCUUUGUAAUAAAACAUUAAAAAAA